CUGUAUAGAACGAUGGAAAGAAUCUGUACAGUAGAUGUUCAGAAUUAAAAUUUCCCAUUAUAAUGAUAUCCUUUAUGGCCAGGAGUUCUUGAAACAUAAACUGACCAAAACAAAAUGGUAUCUUAACUAUGGUAUAAAUUUCCACACAGUUGUGUUUCAUGUUUUUAUUUUUGUUUGGGCAAUUUUUGGUAGUAAAUGAUAAAAAUCACUGGAUAUAACUAUGUUCAAUCGAUUUAAGAGUGCAGUAAUAGGUGCGGUGACUGGUUUGGAACCCAAUGGCUAUGCCGUAGAAGGAACGCAGUAUAAUAAAGCAACAUUAGCACCAAAAUUUCCUUAUGGUAGGCCCCAUUUCUUAAGUUUAGGCGAUGAUGAAGUGCAGAUGUCUGCGGAUCACAAACUACGCCCCAUAAUUCAUCCAAACAGGCCACUACCACACGAUAGUGGUUAUGCCGAAUGUGUAAAUGCAGGCAAAUCAAGGUGGAACGAGGAUCAGGCUGUUUAUAGACAAGGAGUUUUAAGCAGAGUUAGUCAGGAUGACACAGGAAAUGUUAAAAAGUUUUCCAUUCCUUACACUUAUUAUGGAAUUUUUGACGGGCAUGCUGGGGUUGGAGCUGCUUUGUGUGCCGCUAACCAGUUACACCACAUUAUCCAUGAGAAAUUAGUUGAUGCUCAAGAUGAUAUAUGGGUAGAUUUUAGCGAAAAGACUAUUCCGGCUUCAAAACCAAGGGAUCUAUUGAUAGUCGGUGCUUUAGAAUCUGCAUUUAAAGAAAUGGACCAACUUUUGUCAGAAGAUCGCAACAAGUACCAAGCAGCUGGUGGAUGCACAGCUCUUGUUGCUCUAUUUAUAUUGGGAAAAUUAUAUUUAGCCAAUGCAGGCGAUUCUCGUGCAAUAAUCUGUAGAGGCAAUUCAUUUCAGCCUAUGUCUAUGGACUUCACCCCUGAAAAUGAAAGGGAUAGAAUAAGAAGGCUAGCAGAAGAACAACCAUCACUUUUAGGAAAGGAGUUCACAUCUAAAGAAUACAUAAAACAACCCAAAUCUGGUGAUCUAGGCAAAACGGUUAUGUUCCGAGAUGCUUAUAUGAAAGGCUGGGCAUAUAAAACUUUACAGCCUGAAGAUUUAAAAAUGUCUGUGAUCACUGGCCAGGGUAAAAGGAGUAGAGUUAUGGGGACUAUAGGAGUGACAAGAGGAUUUGGAGAUCAUGAUCUUUUAGCUAUUUAUCAAAAGACACCAAUAAAACCGUUCUUGUCCGCACAUCCUGAAGUGCAGGUUCAUAAAAUAACGGCAACUGAUGAAAAAGAAGUUCUAGUGAUGGGAACAGAUGGUUUGUGGGACGUUGUCGAUGGACACAAAGCAUCAGAAAUUAUAGAAAAAUCUAUAAAUGCUUUUGAGGGCAAAAGAUUCAUUAGCGGAGCCACCUGCCUUGUAGGAUAUGCAAGAGGAUCCCUGGUGAAUGAACAUUCGUGGCAAUUGAAAGGUGGUAAACCAGCAUCCUGUGAUGAUAUAUCAGUAUUUGUUAUACCAUUGUUACCUUAUAGACUUGAGUAUGAAGAAUUAGUUGAAAAAUACAUUGUAAAUUUAGAUAGUGAAGCUGAAAGUGACCCAAACUGAUUUUUACCUUUGCAUCAUUAAUAUACUUAUUUUUUACAAACCAUUCCUAAAAGGUUUCACAGGGCACACUAUUGACCAUUGAUGAAACAUCAUAUUAUUUCAAUACAGCCAGGUGGAAUUUAAACUUUUUGUCUUAAUUGAACAUAUUUUUGUUAAUAUAGUGAAUUGCUUUGGGAGAGUCAGUGAGGACUAAAUUGUAUUGUUAUCCUCUAUUAGCUAAUAUUCAAAAACGGACACAAAAAUAUCCUCUUAGUGCCUACCGACCUCGCAAUAGAAUUCGCUAUUAGUUUGGUAUGAAAUCAAAUAAGCCAAUUUGCCUACAGAAUAUCUUAAUAUCAAUAAUAUUUUGAUAUUGCUUACAAACGAGUUAUUGAAAACUUAAGGUAUAUGUUAUUGUUUUAAACUUUUAAGGUUUUACUCAAAGACCUUAUUAUGUAUAUUGUCUUUGGUUCUAUGUGACAAACCCACCUAGUCAUUGUUUAAAAUAUAUGAUA